AUGUAAGUAAAUUACGAAGCAAUUAUUGAUGAAGCUAAAAACAAAAUGAUGAAAUGGUAAGAAAUAAAUGAACAAAACAUGUGGGAAUUGUUUUCAAAUAAGGAAGGAUAUGUCGUGUACACUAAGAAGAAUCCAGAAAAUGGAAUCAAUAUGAAUAGAUCCCAAACUGAAAUUGCCAGAACACCUGAGUAGAUUUUAGAUUUGGUGGCUGAUAUAAAUAAAAGGCCUUUGUACGACGAAAAAGUGGAAACAGCUCAUGUUAUUGAAUAAAUUGAUGCUAAUACAAGAAUUAUUUAUGUGAGAAUCAAACCUCCCAUUCCAUUUAUGAGCAGCAGAGAUUUAGUUAUGGUUCAAAAGGUUUAUAAAUAGAAUGACGGAGUUUACAUUGUUUGCUCUAAAUCAAUUAUUCAUUAAAAAACCCCUCCAAUCAAUAAAGUUGAAAGGGCAGAAAUGCAUUUAAGUGGCUGGAUUAUAAUACCAUAACCAAAUCAAAUGACCAAGAUUGUGACUAUCUAAUGUUUCGAUCCACGAGGAGAUGUUCCUACAUCAGUAACUAAUCAAUAUGCUAAACUUCAAACAGACAUGAUGAAGGCUGCAAUCAAAUAUAUUGCACUUAAUUACAAAUGAUCCACAUAUUAAAACAUAUUUAAAUCAAUUGAUAUUGUUUUU